AUGAUAUCUGAGUCGUCCAGUAGUUACUACAACAAGAUUCGAACCGGAUCAGUGGCCAACUGCGCCAUCAAUUGCUACAGUCCUUACUUCGGUGACCAGGAGAAGAUUUUCGCCACCUACUGGGUGGGUCUCUGGGCCAUCCUGUGUUGCAUCUCUACAUCCAUGACCGUGUCUACUUUCUUCGUGGAUAUGAAGAGGUUCACGUAUCCCGAGAGACCCAUCAUCUUCCUCAGCGCCUGCUAUUUCAUGGUCAGCCUGGGAUAUAUUAUCCGGCUCAUCGUUGGACAUGAAGGUGUUGCUUGUGAGUCGGGAGCUAUCCGGUAUGAAACAACGGGACCAGCAGUCUGCACUGUUGUGUUCCUGCUCAUCUACUUCUUCGGAAUGGCAUCUUCUAUUUGGUGGGUGAUCCUGUCCUUCACCUGGUUCCUGGCUGCAGGUUUAAAAUGGGGUCAGGAAGCGAUAGCCAGUUACUCACAGUAUUUCCAUUUGGCAGCCUGGCUAAUCCCCAGCGUCAAAAGCAUUGCCGUCCUCGCCAUGUCCUCGGUAGACGGUGAUCCAAUCAUCGGGAUAUGUUUCGUUGGCAAUCAAAGUUUGGAUAAUCUGCGAGGGUUCGUUCUGGCGCCUCUGUUCGUCUACCUCAUCAUCGGGACGUCUUUCCUCCUGGCGGGAUUCGUCUCGCUCUUCAGAAUCAGAAACACGAUCAAACAGGAAGGUCAGGGGACAGCCGACAAGCUGGAGCAGCUGAUGGUGAGGAUCGGGGUCUUCUCUGUUCUGUACACAGUGCCCGCCACAAUCGUCAUCUCUUGCUACUUCUAUGAGCAACACCUGAGGGAGCGUUGGGAGGCCACACGCACGUGUCCAUGCUACCACAACCCGGCCGCCCCUGAUUACACUGUGUUCAUGCUCAAGUACUUCAUGUGCCUGGUCAUUGGCACAACUUCUGGUUUCUGGAUUUGGUCGGGGAAAACUCUGGAGUCCUGGAGAAAGUUUUUUUAUGGGAAAAUUUGUUGCAAAAACAAGGACCAGAUUAGAAAGUACAGUGAUACCAGCUACCAGCCAGCAAAGACUCACCCACUGAGUCACGUGUGA